UAAAAUUAAAUAUCUACCAACAGCAUAACCAAAAAUGUAUGUUACAAGGCGUUUGUCGGAAUAUCAAAAUAACAGAGCGGAGUUGCAGCAGCCAGCGUCGGUAGGUCCAAACUCCGGUGUACUUGUAAUUCAAGAUGAAGAGUCAAGGCCAACGUGUUGCUUUGGGUCUUGCUACGAGUCUCAACUCAAAGGCUUACCGUUUCCACAGAACGCAAAGCUGACUAUGAAAUACACCAUCCAAUUUAUUAAAGACCUGCCCAUGGUUUUCAGCGAUCCUGUCGUUUUCAUUCCGGUUCUUAACCAGCCGUUGUCUUCUAACCGUUACUACGCCAUUAGAAGAAGCGGAAAACACUCAGGAGAAGCUUCUGCUAAUGCGAAAGAGGAAGACAGAGUCCCCUGCUGCUUUUGUUUCACCCGUGUUCCUGAAGCUAAACCACAACAAGCGGAUCCUUUUGACAUAUACCAACAUUUCGAGAUCCAUCAAUCAAAAUCUUGGGAUCGAGGUUACUUUGCAACAUCUGUUGCUUCUGGCGGAAAACCACCAAAGUUCCUUAGGAGAAAGGAUUGGAGCGUUGAGUACUCGACAUCCGAAGACUAUGGUCUGAGAGAUGAUGCAAAAGGGAUUCAAGCUCACCUUCGUUCCGAGCUUCCUAUUGAUCUGAAUACAAACGUUUUGGUAGGUAAAUGGUAUGUACCUUUCAUAUUCGUGAAGGAAGGAAACGUAAAGGUUCAGCUUAAGAGCUCAACUUAUUACAACAUGACUCUUUACCAAAAAUGGGAGGAGGUUUACUCUUGCCAAAAUGCUGACAAAAAAAACCGCGAGGUUGUAGUCAAUGUGGAAGUUGAGCCAGAAGUUGUGAAGCUUGGGGGACAAGGUAUCGAAAAAGAGACAAUAAGGGUCGAUGAAAAUGGGGUUGUUUGGUUUGGGGUUGCAAACGUGAGUGUUGGUUUGAUGUCUGCUGUCACUGAGAGGAUGAAAUGGGAAGAGGAGAGGUUCGGGUGGAAAAGUGAUUCCCAAAGAGCCGUGGUUAAAAGAUCAGACAAAUUUGAUGGAGGCGGUUCAAACUGGAAGAGCUAUAAAUGUUAUGUGUUGGUGGAGAGCUUUGUCUUGAGGAGGAUGGAUGAAAGUGUGGUCUUGACAUUUGAGUUUAAGCAUGCUGAUAAGUCGAAGAGCAAGUGGGAAUUAUGAACGUCUUGUAUUUAAUAUAUUUUGUGUUGGUAUAUGCUUUUUAUUCAGAUUUAUAUGAAUCAAAUAAUAAACAGAUUGUAACAAUGUCA